GACCACCGCCACCGCGCAUCUCAUUCCGGUCCAAAGUCUCACACACGAAAUCCACCAUUCAUUAUGUUUUCAUGACCACCACGCAUCUCAUUUACAGACCAUUCAACUUUUGCUUUUCCUCUUCCGAAACACAACCCAAUUGCAGAGUAAAAUCAAAUGGCCGCCUCCGCCGGUGCUACGGCCACCUUAGCUCCUCUACUUCUCCGAAACCUCUUCACAUCGAUCUUCAUCUACGCGGACCAGUCUUUAUUAAACUUAGCCAGAAAGUGUAAAUUCCUGGAAUUUCUCCGUUCCUUCCUCAUCUCCACCUUCCUCUUCUUCCUGCAUCUCCUCCCUUCUCUUUUUCCUCAAAACCGCACCUCCAAAGCUCCAAAAACUGAUCAAAGCUACGUGGCGGCCACCGCAGCUGGCGGCGGUGGCGAUUCUGGCAUCGCUCGAGCACUUUCUCAGGUGCUGUCCAUCGUCAGCGAUAUCCCCGUCAGCUCCCGCAAGUACGAAGUUGUUCGAUCCUUAGCGGAGAGGCUCAUCGAUGAGAACCUCCAGGAGGGUUUGGAGGCUCUCCGGGAAGUCAACCGGACGGUCCUGUCGGCUUCGUUUGCGAGGACGCUUAAUCAGCUUGAAGCCGCCAUGGCGGAGCAGCGUGGUGGGGCGGCGGAUGGGUAUGGACGAGUGGACUACGGGUUGAACCGGGUUUUUAGGGCGGUUAGGUCGGCUGGUGAUGUGGCGUGGAGUAGGGUUGGGUGGAGGAGGGAAGAGGUGAGCCAGAAAGGAAGUUCAGCUGAGAAGCUGGCGGCUGAGCUGCUUUGGUUGGCGCAGAAGAUGGAGGCUAGUGGGAGUGGUGAGGAGGCGGUCUGUUUGUGGGCAUCGGCUUCUAAUCUGGCUUGGCUCGCGCUCUCAGCUGAGGCGCGACUACAGGGCUCGUUAGUCAAGGUCUCAGCACAUUUGUUCAAGCAAGCAAAAGAAAUGGGAGGAGAAGAAGAGGAGAACAUCAAGAAAGAGCAACGAAGGCAAACAAACAUGAAGAUGCUAAUGUCUUGGCUUCCAUUAUUAUGUCGAGGAAGCAAUGGCAUUGAUACACCAGUGUUGAGCAUUAGUGAAAGAGCAGAGCUUGAAAAAGUAUUGGAGGAUAUUAUAGAGAUGUUGGAGCAAGAAGAAGAGCAAGAGAAAGUGUUAUCUUUGUGGCUCCACCACUUCACAUACUGCCCUUCUUCUGAUUGGCCUAACCUCCUUGCUUCCUAUACUCGAUGGUGCACCGCUUCUCGCAAACUUAUACUCCUUCAUUGAAACUAAUCAAGGUUUAUUAAAAAUAAUGUAAGUUCUUUAUUAAUUAAGUAAACAAUGAUGCAUCUCUCUCUC